UUGUCUAAAUGUAGAGGUCUGUAAUAGUGACUGGUCAAAAGCUUUACCGCUGGUUUAAUCAGUAACCUGCACUUUUAAUUAGUCAGUCACUGCUCUCCCACUGUGUUAUAGUUUCUUCUUUGCUACUAUAAAGUUCUUGUCUUGCAUUUGCGCAGUCACUUACAGCUUGAUCAUGUCAGUGGCUUCAGGUUGGUUGCUCUUGCUUGUGCUUGGGGCAAUUUACCUCCAAGAAGGAAGAUCUACACCUGUGUCUGAACAAGAUUUGAAAUGUGGGCAGAAAGCCCAUGCCACAGACCCAUGGCCUUUUUAUGGUUACCUCUCUCGGAUUGUUGGUGGGAACCAGGUGCACCAAGGUUCACAUCCCUGGCAGGUUUCCUUGAAAAGGAAUAACCAUCAUUUCUGUGGAGGAACCCUUGUUUCUACUCAGUGGGUAGUCACGGCAGCUCACUGUGUUGUAAGCAGCUCUCUGCUCAGUUUGCUGACUGUCACUGCUGGAGAACAUGACCUGAGCCUGAAAGAUAAAGAAGAACAGACCUUACAAGUUAAACAAAUAAUCAGACACCCAAAAUUUAACAGGAAGAAACCAAUGGAUUAUGACAUUGCCCUUCUAAAAAUGAAUGGUCACUUUCAAUAUGGUUCAGCAGUUUGGCCAAUAUGCCUUCCAGAGCCGAAUGAAAGGUUUGAUCCAGGAUUUAUAUGCAUGACUUGUGGCUGGGGCCGCUUAAGAGAAAGUUCUUGUCUUGUAUUCGGCUUUUCAGAUGGGAUGCUGCCCGAAAUCCUCCAUGAAGUGGAAUUGCCCAUCUUAGACCAGAAUGAAUGUUCAAGAGUGCUGUCAACCUUGAAGAAACCUAUAAAAGGUGACACCAUAAUGUGUGCUGGGUUUCCAGAUGGAGGAAAAGAUGCAUGCCAGGGAGAUUCUGGAGGCUCCCUUGUGUGCAGACGUGACCAUGGUUCUUGGACCCUGGUUGGGGUGACCUCGUGGGGCACAGGAUGCGCUCGUAGCUGGAUAUAUAACUUGAAGGAAAAGUAUGAAAGAAGAGGCACACCAGGCAUUUUUACAAAUCUUACUAAGGUGCUCCCCUGGAUGCAACAGCAUAUGGAUGCCGAUGUCAAAAUGAAAAGUUCUGCAGCAUCAUGCAGUAUUCAAGAUGGUAAGCUCCCUGGCAAAGAAGGAAUGCUGAUUUUCCCUGGAGAUGGCAAGCAAUAUUAUCCAGACAACCAGCUGUGUGUUUGGACUCUGCUUGUCCCAGAAGGAAUGCAUAUAUUGUUGGAUUUUUCCCAUUUUGAUCUGGAGCCAGAUCCAUUCUGUGACUAUGAUUCCUUGUCAGUGAUUUCUAUGGAUGACAGACUUGUUGGGAAAUUCUGUGGAAUGUUUCCUCCUUUGCCCAUCUUGAUUGGCUCCAAUGGUGUAAGGCUAAAAUUUGUAUCUGAUAACAAGGAACAUGGAACUGGAUUUUCCAUGAUACACCAGGCUAUUGAACCAGCUUCCCUUUCAGAUUCUGGCUGUGGAUCUCUAGCAAUUCUCUUUGAGGAAGGAACAGUGCAAAGCAUGCAUUAUCCUGAGCCAUAUAGUAACUUUGCAGACUGUCAAUGGAUUAUUCACGCUCCAGAAGAUCAUGUGGUCAAGCUCACAUAUGAAAGCUUUGAAAUAGAGGAAAAUGAAGACUGCACUUAUGACUCAGUGACAGUCUAUGAAAAUGUUAUAAAGGAACAUGAAAUAGCUCGAUCAUGUGGAUUUGCUGUUCCUGCACCAGUUUUGAGUUCCUCUAGCACCAUGCUAAUCAAGUUUCAUUCGGACGAAACAGAAAGCUUUGGUGGAUUUAAGGCCAUUUUUAAGUUCAUCGCUGUUGCUGUUGCCACAGGGACAGAAAGUGAGGGACAGAAAUCUUCUGAACGGGGACACAGACAACAAAACAAACACUACAAAAAUGAUUUGAACAUAUCAAAUUCAAGCACUGAAGUGUUGGUUCCUGAAGAAACAAGUAAUGCUACAAAUGCAACUGACAUCCCUGACAACAUUUGUGGAGUUGCAUUAAAUCAACCCAGAUUUCUCUUCAGUCGAAUAGUUGGGGGUGAGGAGGCUGUACCAUAUUCUUGGCCCUGGCAAGCCAGUAUUCAAAUUUUGGAUGAAAAUCUCUGUGGUGGAACUGUUCUUACAAGCACAUGGAUUAUCACUGCUGCUCAUUGUUUUAAAGGAAAGGAAAAGUACAAAGAUCUUUGGAAAGUGGUUGCGGGGGCCCAUGACAUAGGAGAUCAAGAACAAAACAGUCAGAAAAGAGCAGUGAAGCAGUACAUUCUGCAUCCAGAUUUUAAUGCUACAAUGACAGAUGCUGACAUUGCACUAGUACAAUUGACAGAGCCUUUGAAGUUCAACCAUUAUGUCCGUCCUGUCUGCCUUCCUAAGAAGGAUGAAAAGUUGGAGCCUUCAAGGCUGUGUAUCAUAACAGGAUGGGGCAUUCAGUAUGAAGAUGGAGAAAAAUCAAGAAAGCUUCACCAGCUUGAAGUUCCUAUUUUGGUUUCUGAAGAAUGCCAGCGAUACUACAUGAAUCACUCUGGCAGCGUGACCAAGCGGAUGUUCUGUGCUGGAUUCCCAUCUGAAGGGGGAAAGGAUGCAUGCACAGGUGAUUCUGGUGGCCCAUUGGUUUGUCCUUCAGAAGACUCAAGCUACUACAACCUUAAUGGCAUAAUCAGCUGGGGCUUUGGCUGUGGAAGGAACGGCUAUCCGGGAGUUUAUACAAAUGUUGGUUCUUUCACAGAUUGGAUUGAUCAACACAUCUCUGGUAACAACUCAUCAAACAAAGCAUGAACAUUUUCAUGUGAAUGUAUGCUUUCAAAACAAGCAUCGUAUGGAAGUAUAUUCUCUGAUUCAUCUAUAUGCGUCCUAGCAAUGCUACAGACAGAACUCAUGGACCGCAUUUGUCAUACAUAAUUCAAUAACAUUUUUUAAAAAGUUCAGCUUUUGCGUGGGGAAACAAUAUCUGUAUGGGUUUGAAAAUCAAUGUCAUUUCAUGUGGUAAAACAAUGAUAUCUAUGGCAUUUUUCCUCAGAGAUGUAAAUCUCACAGAGUUUUGUAAGGCAUAUUCCCUAGUGCUUGGAAAGGCAUAAAAUUGCAAAUGUGGAGACACUUUACUAGGAGUAAGUCCUAGUGAACAGAGUUACUUCUGAGUAAACAUGUUUAAAAUUGGUUAACAAGUGAUUUUUAAAAUGUUCAUAGGAAACAUUUUAUUACAGUAAACAUGUAAAUGUGCAUAUAUUAUUUUCACAUGUAUUGAUAUGCAUUUUAUCAUACAUGAGCAAGAUUUGAUUCAGAAAUGCAAAAGAAUAAGUGACAUUCCUGUUCCAAGCAGGUGAAGGACAUCUCACCCUGAAAAUCACAAGUCACUCAUGAGAAGCAUGUUUUUGAUCUUCUCUUGCUCCAUGCAUAAGCAUCUUAUAAGGGGGAUCUGCAUAUCCACAAUGGGGAAAUAUAGUGUCCCAGAUUUAAUUGUUAUGCCUACUUAUAUUUCUGCAUGCACUGACUAUUACCUAGGUCAGUUUCUCAAACUGUGCUCCUCCAGAUGUUUUGGACUUCAGCUCCCACAGUUCCUAACAGCUGGUAAACUGGCUGAGAUUUCUGUGAGCUGAAGUCCAAAACACCUGGAGGAGCACAGCUUGGGAAACACUGGCUUAAGUAGUAGCAGAAAGAUUAAAUGAAUAAGGAUAGUUAUUAGAAUUUUUCAAAUCUUCAGACACCAUUGUCCUAUAAUAAAAGUAACUUUAUGCUAUCAAUUAAUGAAUGAGUCUGGAUAUAUUUGAAACAACUUAUUAAGUAAGAGGGAGAAUGUGUGGAAGGGGUUCCAGCAUAGGCAUGGCUGUUAACACCCAUGCCUUACCCAGCACUUUACACAAGUGAAAGAACCCCAUCAGGUAUGAGCCAGUGGCUGAAGCAUCUAGGCCUGGGGCAAAGAAUAGUGGAACCCAUAGCAAGAAGCUUAUAGGUGAAAAGCCUUUAUCUGAGCAUUUCUACAAAAGCUAUAUACCUCUUGUUGCUCAGACCUGAGAGGAUGGGCAACAGGAAGAACUGGUUGGUUGGCUGGGUUUACUGGAAAAACCUGAAAGGGAGAUGAAUUAAAACAGUGGCAAAAAGCAAAAUCUCUGACCUCUGACUUGGCUGAUAACACAGCCUUUUAACCCCAACCCACUCCUACUUUUGCUUCUGGUGUGAGGAGGUGGACCUCCCUGACAAGUCUGGUAGUUUUAAUGCAAUCAUUACUUAAUGUUGAGAGUUAGUGCCCUACCUAUUAAUCAAUACCUUACCUAUUAAAAAUACUAUGAAAACUCCCAAA